AACAAACUCAGUUCCAUUCGGUAUUUCUCAACGCGCGGACGCGAAUUGAAGAGAAACCCUUUAAAAUUACAGAAUAAACUAAAGAAAAGAGGGACCUGCUCCUCGAGACAAGAGAAAACACUCCUGAAAUCGGUUCUAAACGAAAAUACCCAAAAGAUACGUGUACUGUGUGCUACGGGUUGAAAGUGGAAAUGUAUCUAUAAGAUACAGAGUGCGGGCGGGCGAUGCAAUCGAGGUGUUCUCAAAGAAUUGUAAACAAAGAAGGCGGCGAGAUUCAUUGACAUCCAUCGAGAUCCAGCAACAAGUUCCCAGCAAGCCACUAGACUUUAAAAUGGCAGCGGACUGGCGAUUGAUGUGCCUCCUGGGAGUCCUGCUCCUGGUGGGCGCGCCUGUAAGCGGGGAGGUCUUUACGGCCCUGGCCGAGAUGGAGGAACUACUUGAGACUGAAUCCGUACUGAUUACCAACCUGGAGGGCUACAUACGCGUGCAGGAGAACAAGCUGAACUUCCUCAAAAAUAAGAUGGACGAGUACCAGAGGGAGCACGCAGAUGCCUCCAGCGAUAUUACCGGCUACGUAUCCAACCCAAUUAAUGCUUAUUUGCUGACCAAGCGUCUUACCACCGACUGGCGCCAGGUGGAGAACCUCAUGGAGCAUGACGUGGGCACCGACUUCGUGCAAAACAUCACCCAGUAUCGAAGUGUCUUGAAGUUCCCCUCCGACGAGGAUCUCAAUGGGGCAGCGGUGGCCUUGCUCCGCCUGCAGGACACCUACCAACUGGACACCUCGAGUGUGGCCAGGGGGAAGCUCAACGGCAUUCAGUACAGCACGGAAAUGUCCUCGGACGACUGUUUCGAGCUGGGAAGACAAUCGUACGUGAACCACGACUACUACCACACGGUGCUCUGGAUGAACGAGGCGAUGGCCCGCAUGCUGGAGGAGCCGAGCAACCACACCCAGAGUUUCACCAAGGCCGACAUCCUCGAGUACCUGGCCUUCUCCACCUACAAGGAGGGCAACAUUGAGAGUGCCCUAACCAUGACCAACGAGCUACUACAACUGCUUCCUCACCACGAGAGGGCCAAUGGAAACAAACGCUUCUACGAAAAGGAGAUUGCCAACCAGUUGCAGUUGAAGAAGAUGAAGGGCGACGAUGGCACCGAUGAGAUGCCAAAGUCCGAUUUGCCCGUGGCCAAAAGUGAUCCCGCCAUCUUCGAUUUGACUGAGCGCAGAGCCUACGAGAUGCUAUGUCGGGGUGAACUAAAGCCAUCGCCAUCGGAGCUGAGACCCUUGAGAUGUCGCUAUGUCACCAACAAUGUGCCCUUCCUGCGAUUGGGUCCUCUGAAGCUGGAGGAGGCCAACAUGGACCCCUACAUCGUGAUCUACCACGACGCCAUGUACGACAGCGAGAUCGAUGUAAUCAAGCGGAUGGCUCGCCCUCGUUUCCGCAGAGCUACGGUCCAAAAUUCCGUGACUGGAGCCUUGGAGACGGCGAACUACAGGAUCAGCAAGUCCGCCUGGCUAAAAACCAACGAGGAUCGGGUGGUUGAGACAGUGGUGCAGCGUACAGCGGAUAUGACCGGCUUGGACAUGGACUCCGCCGAGGAGCUGCAGGUGGUUAACUACGGCAUUGGAGGACACUACGAGCCGCACUUUGACUUCGCCAGGAAAGAAGAGCAGCGCGCCUUUGAGGGUCUUAAUCUGGGCAACCGGAUUGCCACCGUACUCUUCUACAUGAGCGAUGUGGAGCAGGGCGGAGCCACUGUUUUCACAUCCCUCCACACUGCUCUAUUCCCCAAGAAGGGGACGGCUGCCUUUUGGAUGAACCUGCACAAAGACGGAGAGGGCGAUGUGAGGACUCGCCACGCAGCCUGUCCCGUACUCACGGGCACCAAGUGGGUGUCCAACAAGUGGAUCCAUGAACGAGGUCAGGAGUUCCGCAGACCCUGCUCCUUGGACGAGGAUCACGGCGAGUUCGCCAUUUAAGCCGGAGUCUAGUUAGUGAAUGCAAAGAAUCUUAAAUGCGAAAUCUUAAAUCCUUCGCCAUCGGCCAUCGACUUCCUAUUGUAAAUAAAGCAUUCAGCCCGGAGAAGGUCGCAUCUGUUCUACUUACGGUUUCUACAUGUGGAACCACUUCUACCUAGAUGUAUCUUAGACUCGUAUGGAAUUUAUCUACUUUUGUAUAUUUGCCUAGGUUAAGUAGUAGAAAAAAUUGUAAUAAAAUCAAUAUGAAAAACCGUA